AUGAAGAAAGUUAUGGGUUGUGUUGUACUUACCAAGUAUAUGGAGUCGGCAAAGCAGGAUGAGGAAGAAGAUAUGCAAGAAUGGCUUAGAACUUUUAUUCACAGCGGCAAGCGGUACAUGACGGAGACGUGUUAUAAAAGAUUAGCUAAUGUUGGUAAAGUGAAAAUUAAACUUCACUGUGAAUUGGAGGAAGAAUAA